GUCCUGUGCGGCAGCAUAAACCGACAGGACACUUACCCUCAAACACAACACUCUGACCUCGAGCUCCAGCCAAGCCCAAUUCUGUUCAAUAAGAGCAUGCGAAUUCCUGCCAAGGCACACAGUGUUGUUCUGCGUCUGAGUGACAAUCUCCAACAACUACAACCACCUGUUGCACUUUGCGGCUUAACUCCAGGAUACAGGACUUGUGUGUCUCUCUUGCUGCUGAUUUAAUCUGAUUUCCCUGCUUUCUGCAGAACCCAUGAUCAGUUUCAGUCAAGGAUAAAGACAACAGCUUUCUUGUAUGAGACAACAUGCCAACUGGAUCAGUCAAACUGCAAAGCAUUAAAAAACUGGGACAGGAAAACCACAGCUAUGAGAUUUCACAUGACGAACCAAAUGACUCAUACAUGACAAUAACGAAAUCUAAUAAGGAUGAAAAAGCUCAGAAAAAAGCAGAACAACCAGCCAUCAGGGUCGGCUUCUUUCAGCUGUUCCGUUUUGCCUCAUGCAAAGAUGUGCUGAUGAUGGUGGUGGGCAGUGUGUGUGCGGUGCUGCACGGCUCGGCCCAGCCCCUCAUGCUGCUGGUGUUCGGUCUGCUCACCGACACCUUCAUCGAGUAUGACAUCGAGCUGAACGAGCUGAGCGACGACAGGAAGGAGUGUGUGAACAACACAAUCCAGUGGAAGAACUUCACUGCAGUGGUGCUGAACCAUUCAGACUGGAGCCUCAUGAGCAAUUCGACAUGGGAGCCCAGGCCGUGUGGGCUUCUAGACAUCGAGUAUGAAAUGACCCAAUUUGCCUACUAUUAUGUUGGAAUUGGAGCAGCUGUGUUCGUGCUUGGAUACUUUCAGAUCUCACUGUGGGUGACAGCCGCUGCCAAGCAGAUCCAGCUCAUCAGGAGAAUGUACUUCAGUAAAGUGAUGAGGAUGGAGAUUGGCUGGUUUGACUGCACGUCUGUGGGUGAACUCAACACUCGCAUGUCAGAUGAUAUCAACAAGAUCAACGAUGCCAUCGCGGAUCAAGUUGCCAUUUUUUUGCAGCGCUUCACCACCUUCGUGUGUGGCUUCUGCAUUGGCUUUGUCAAAGGUUGGAAGUUGACUCUUGUCAUUGUUGCAGCAAGUCCUCUCAUUGGUAUUGGAGCUGGUUUUAUGGCUCUGUUUGUGGCUAAGCUGACAGGGAUGGAGCUGCAGGCCUACGCUAAAGCUGGAGCUGUGGCUGACGAGGUUCUCUCCUCCAUCAGGACCGUGGCUGCUUUCGGUGGGGAGAACAAAGAGGUGCAAAGGUAUGACAGGAACCUGAUAUCAGCGCAGCGCUGGGGCAUCAGGAAGGGUCUGAUUAUGGGCUUCUUUACUGGAUAUAUGUGGCUUAUCAUCUUUUUAUGCUAUGGACUGGCCUUCUGGUAUGGCUCUAGUCUGGUGGUGGAUGCUGCCGAGUACACACCAGGAACACUACUGCAGGUGUUCUUUGGUGUUUUGAUUGCGGCAAUGAAUUUGGGACAGGCCUCCCCUUGUCUGGAGGCAUUUGCUUCAGGCCGCGGCGCCGCUACCAUCAUCUUUGAGACUAUUGACAGAGAGCCGGAGAUCGACUGUUUAUCCGAGGCUGGCUAUAAGCUUGACAGAGUCAAAGGAGACAUCGAGUUUCACAAUGUGACCUUCUACUACCCGUCCAGACCCGAAGUCAUGACACUGGAUCAGCUCAGUGUUGCAGUAAAAACAGGAGAAACCACAGCCUUUGUUGGUCCAAGUGGAGCUGGGAAGAGUACAGCUGUUCAGCUCAUCCAGCGCUUCUAUGACCCAAAAGAGGGCAUGGUGACUCUGGAUGGCCAUGACAUCAGAGGACUGAACAUCCAGUGGCUGCGCUCACUGAUCGGCAUUGUGGAGCAGGAGCCUGUGCUGUUCGCCACCACCAUCGCUGAAAACAUACGCUACGGUCGACCAGGCGUCUCUAUGGAGGACAUCAUCACCGCUGCCAAGGAGGCCAACGCCUACAACUUCAUCAUGGACCUGCCACAGAAAUUUGACACCUUGGUGGGUGAGGGUGGAGGUCAAAUGAGUGGAGGUCAGAAGCAGCGCAUUGCCAUCGCUCGAGCGCUGGUCAGGAAUCCUCGCAUCCUGCUGCUGGACAUGGCGACCUCUGCCCUUGACAAUGAGAGUGAGGCUAUAGUUCAAGAGGCUCUGGAUAAAGUUCGCCUGGGUCGCACCACCAUCUCCAUCGCUCACCGACUGUCCACCAUAAAGAACGCUGACGUGAUCGUUGGGUUUGAGCAUGGACGCGCGGUGGAGAAGGGCAAGCACAAUGAGCUGCUGGAGAGGAAGGGAGUCUACUUCACGCUCGUUACCCUGCAGAGUCAAGGAGACAAGGCCCUGAACGAGAAGGCUCGACAAAUGGCUGAAAAAGAAGAAGAGCCAGAGAGGCUGAAUAUAUCCAGAGCAGGAAGCUACCGUGCUAGUUUGAGAUCCUCAAUCCGCCAGCGCUCCAGGUCCCAGCUGUCCAACCUGAUCCCAGAGUCUUCAGUUCCCAUCGUUGGAGAGCUUGGCCCCAGAGCCUACUCUGUCUCACAGGCAGAUAAGAAUGUCCCAGAGGAGGAGGAGGAGGAGGAAAUUAUAGAACCUGCUCCGGUUUCCAGGAUCCUGAAGUACAACUUACCUGAGUGGCCCUAUAUGCUUUUUGGAUCCAUUGGUGCUGCAAUAAAUGGAGGAGUCAACCCUGUCUACUCUCUACUCUUCAGUCAAAUCUUGGCCACGUUCUCAGUAACCGACCCUGUGGCUCAGAGGAAGGAGAUUGACAGCAUCUGCUUGUUCUUCGUCAUGGUCGGUGUGGUCUCUUUCUUCACCCAGAUGCUGCAGGGUUACGCCUUCUCCAAAUCCGGCGAGCUGCUGACCCGCAGGCUGCGGCGGCUCGGCUUCCAUGCCAUGCUGGGCCAAGAGAUCGGCUGGUUUGAUGAUCACAGGAACAGCCCCGGAGCACUGACCACACGUCUGGCUACUGAUGCCUCACAGGUUCAAGGGGCCACAGGCUCGCAGAUUGGCAUGAUCGUCAACUCUAUAACCAACAUCGGCGUGGCCAUUCUGAUGUCCUUCUUCUUCAGCUGGAAGCUCACAAUGCUCAUCCUCUGCUUCCUGCCAUUUAUUGCUCUGUCUGGAGGCUUCCAGGCGCGUAUGCUCACCGGCUUUGCAAAGCAGGACAAGCAGGCUAUGGAAGCAGCUGGACAGAUUUCUGGUGAGGCUUUGAACAACAUCCGUACCAUCGCAGGUCUGGGGAAGGAGAGGAAUUUUGUGGACAUGUACGAGUCCCAACUCGACGCUCCCUUCCAAGCCGCCUUAAAGAAAGCAAACGUGUAUGGCGCCUGCUACGGUUUCGCCCAGUGUGUCGUCUUCUUGACCAAUGCCGCCUCUUAUAGGUUUGGCGGUUACUUGGUGCGACAGGAGGGGCUUCAUUUCAGCCUGGUGUUCAGAGUGAUCUCGGCAAUCGUCACCAGUGGCACCGCCCUCGGAAGAGCCUCCUCCUACACCCCAGAUUAUGCCAAGGCCAAGAUUUCAGCUGCACGUUUCUUCCAGCUGCUGGACCGCGUGCCUCGAAUCAGCGUCUACAGUGACAGGGGAGAGAAAUGGGAUAACUUCCAAGGGAACAUUGAGUUUAUUGACUGCAAGUUCACUUACCCCACCAGGCCAGACAUCCAGGUCCUGAAUGGCCUGAAUGUGUCGGUGAAGCCUGGUCAAACGUUGGCCUUUGUGGGCAGCAGUGGCUGUGGGAAGAGCACCAGCGUGCAGCUGCUGGAGAGGUUUUAUGAUCCUGACCAUGGCAGAGUGCUGAUCGAUGGCCAUGACUCAACCCGUGUCAAUGUGCCCUUCCUGCGUUCCAAGAUUGGCAUUGUGUCCCAGGAGCCCAUCCUGUUUGACUGCAGCAUCGCGGAGAACAUCAAGUACGGCGACAACUCCCGAGAAAUCGGCAUGAACGACGUCAUCUCUGCCGCCAAGAAAGCUCAACUCCACGACUUUGUUAUGGCGCUUCCUGAGAAAUAUGACACCAAUGUUGGCGCUCAGGGUUCACAGUUGUCUCGUGGUCAGAAGCAGCGCAUCGCCAUCGCCAGGGCGAUCAUCCGUGACCCCAAGAUCCUGCUCCUGGAUGAGGCCACGUCUGCGCUGGACACUGAAAGUGAAAAGAUCGUGCAAGAAGCUCUAGACAAAGCCAGAGAGGGUCGGACAUGCAUCGUCAUUGCCCACCGCCUGUCUACCAUUCAGAACUCUAACACCAUCGCAGUCAUGUCCAGGGGCCUGUUAGUAGAGAAAGGAGCGCACGACCAGCUCAUGGCGCUGAACGGAGCCUAUCAUAAGCUUGUGACCACGGGAGCGCCAAUCAGCUAACUGCUCGGGGAAACGAGAUCUAAUGAGGAGCAAGGCAAUGGAGACUAAUGCGAGGGGCACUGUUUCAACAGAAGCCAAACGUUUGCUUUAAAGGUCCAGUGUGUAAGAAUGUGCGCCAUCUAAUGGUGAGCCUGCAGAUUGUAACAGACGUGGAGGACUUCUCCGCUCAGCCGCCUCUUUCACAAGCACAUCACGAACUAUGGUGGCCUUCGCAAACCAGAAAGGAUGUUAACACUAUUUCACAACUCUCUCCACUGCUCCACUCUGUCGGCCAUUUUCUCCUUCUUUGUCAGGCUGAUGUAGAAACAUGGUGGAACAAGGUGGCUGCCUCCGUAAUGCAAGGCCUUAUUCUAAUGUACAUAGUAUACAUUUAUACAAACACGCUUACUGUACAGUAAGUGUAUUUUAUUCGAUUUAUGCCAAUAAUCUCUCCUAAGAGACACAACAUAUUACUACACUACACCACAAUAGUAUUCAUUAUAUAGUGUAUUAAUUUGAUAUUUUCAAUAGUUAUUUGGUAUAAUUGCAUACAAUCUGCAUUUUCCUUAAUUCUGUCUGUUUAUUGUGUGUUUGUAUGCUGCCCAAUUUACACCAAAACACUACAAUUUACUGUUUUUUUAUAAAGAGAUAAUAUUAAUGUUGAGAAGAAUUCAUCCAGCCCAUUGGUGGUUGAGGAAAAUAGUUGCCCACCCCUGCACUGGACCUUUAGAUGAUAUUCCUGUUCACACUAACAGUAUUUAUUAUGUCUGUGAUGAAGAGAGGGGUUUGGGGAGUCACACACAUGACUUUGAGGAUGUUCUAACUCAUCAAUUAUUUUUGGAUCUUGCAGUGGUAUAACAAACAUCACACAAGUCCACUAAGACCUUUUUUUGGUGGGUAAUUUGUUUGACACACAGGAAUUAUGUCACGAAAGUGGGAGACUAACUGCAGAUGUGGGUUUUGACACAGAGUCAUAUUGUUCCAGUAUUUGAAACUUAAGUCAAUGCAAACAAAUCUUUAUAUUCUACUUACUUUUACUAAUUAAUGGCUGAUGAAAUGGCUUUCAUCUUUCUUUAUUUCAAUUUUAAUUUAAUAACUAUGUGUUUUGUGUAAACAUCAAUGUAAAAGCCUAUCGUUAAAUUAAUGAUAGCCUGCAAUUUUAUUUCAUGCACUGUAACAGACGUUAUAUCUGCUUUUGGGAGAAUAAAGAUUUGUAAAGUAAGUAAAGUAAAUUUUUAGGAAAAAAGUAUUAUUAUCAUUAUUACUAUAUUGACUUCUGCAGCAAGACUAUGCAUGGCAGCAAAAGAAAAAGCUAAUUUAAAAGACUCUUUUUAAUAUAAUUUAAACUUGGGACAUUGGGUAACGCUAUGGGAUGAGUAAAUAAGAUACUCAGUAUGGAUAGAGGCAAAUGUAAAAUCUCAUACAAUCGAAAAAUUGUAUAUAUAUAUUACAUGUUUCACUAUGUUCACACUGUAAAAAUUAAAAUUAAAUUCAGAAACAGCAUUUUAGCCAGGUCA